CUGACGUUAUCACUGUCCGUUAUAUUUUGAUUCCUUCACGUUCUGUCAAGCUUUAAUUCUAGCCUGUUUGCCAUCGAGACGGUAACUGUUUAGCGCUCUCUAGUGGCGGCGUUCCUCGAAACUUGAAGGAGCAACUGAGCUUUCGUUUCUCUUUCAAAAUGGACAUCGAUCACUCGUGUGACUAUUCAGAAAGUGCUGUGGAGCAUGAGGACAUCUCACCUGAUGAUGCUCUGCAAGAGAUCUGUGGAUCUGAAGUAAACACAGAAUUCAGCAAGGAUAUGUCAGAGGUGAGCACAAUGACUUCAUUUGAAAAAGUGUCACAAGGAAUAAACCAUGUAGAAGGGGGGUGGGCAAAAAUGAUCAAUGCAGACGACACAGAGGUGACUGCCCGCUACAAGAAGAAAUAUCUGAAGGAUGAGCAUUGUCAGCACACGGUUAUGGAGACUGCUAGCGUCAUGGAACACUGCAACCAGUGUAAAGAAGCAGAAGAUUGUUUCCCAGAUUUAAAAGAUAUGAAGGUGGUGGAGGAAAUGGAGUAUGAGCCAUCAGCAAGAAUCAUCAGUAUGUUAAGAGACCCAAAUAAAGUAAAACGCACUGCCACCAGUUUGUCCUGGCACCCGCUUGAUUAUCAUAAACUAGCCGUUGCCUACUCUUGCCUGGAAUUUCAAAGAGCGCCCAAAAAUAUGAGCUUUGACUCCUACAUAUGGAACAUUGAAAUUUGCAAUAAACCGGAGAUGACUCUGAAACCUAUAUCUCCGCUUGUUUGUCUGGAGUACAACCACAAAGAUACUCACAUCCUUAUUGGGGGAAGCUACAAUGGACAGAUCGGCUAUUGGGACACUCGGAGUGGCAGCCAGCCAGUACAAAUGUCCGCCACUGAGCAUAGCCAUAAAGAUCCUGUCUACAAGGUUAUCUGGCUGCAGACAAAGAUAGGCACUGAAACUUUCUCAGCUUCUACAGAUGGUCAGGUACUGUUCUGGGACAUUCGUAAUAUGAAUGAGCCCACCAAGCGGCUCGUGUUGGAUCCCAGUAAGAAGGGAAACCGUGAAAAUGCCCUUGGUGCAGUCUCAAUGGAGUUUGAAAACAGUAUGGCCAAGUUUCUGGUGGGCACAGAGCAGGGGCUUGUGGUCUCGUGCAAUCGCAAGUUAGAGAGCACAGAUGAUCCGAUUGUAUGCAUGUACAGCGGACACCAUGGCCCCAUUUACGCCCUCCAGAGGAACCCCUUCUUUCCGAAGAACUUCUUGACUGUUGCUGAUUGGACCGCCCGCAUCUGGUCAGAGGAUAUCAAAGAGUCCUCCAUCAUUUCAUCCAAAUAUCACAUGACCUAUCUCUUAGAUGGCUGUUGGAGUCCAGUCAGACCCUCUGUCUUCUUUACGGUGAAGAUGGACGGCACCUUGGAUGUGUGGGACAUACUGUUUAAACAGAAGGACCCCAUUCUCAGUCUCAAAGUUUGUGAUGAAGCUCUGUACAGCAUUCGUGUACGAGAUAAAGACUCUUUGGUGUGCUGUGGAUCUAAGCUAGGAACCGUUAGACUGCUGAAGAUGUCACCAGACCUGUGCACUCUGCAGAAGAACGAGAAGGCCCUGGUCUCAGAAAUGUUUGAACGUGAGACCAAGAGAGAAAAGAUUCUGGAAGGUCAGUACAGAGACAGGCAUCAAAUGAAACAUAGCUCCUCUGUAGAGGAUGAGGGAGGAAAAGAUGACAUGGAGGAACUUCUGGCCUGUACAGAGAGGGAGUUUUUUGAGACUGUGGAAGCUGAGAAGAAGAAAAUAGAGGAUGAGGAGAAAGAUAGAAGGAAAGUGGUGUGCGUAAAGGCAUCCAAACAGAGCACGGAUCCUAAAGAUGCCAAAUAAGAAAGCUUCUCCAAUUGCAAACAGACUUUAAAUCAGUUAAAUCUAAAGUAAAUUGAAAAAAAAUCAUCCAAGAUGAUUAUCCUUGCUGCCCCCAACCUGUUUAUUGAUUUUUUUUAAAAGACAUAACUUGGGCAUAAACCAUAAACCAACUCAGAAACUGUUGAAGACAUGCUUGAAAAUUAAAUGUGAAAUAUGAAUGUGUUUUAAUUUAAUCUCUGUUUUUAUUUUACUGUAAACUCAUGAGUGUGUUACAUGUGCAAGUUAUUGUAAUUUUUAGACAUAAUAUACAUAAAUACCCCUGAAUUAAUGCAUAAAUGAACAGCAUUAAAUAACC